CGCAGCGCGGGAAAGCCGCGAGCGGCAGAGGCGCCGCCUUCGCCUAACUCCCUCGUUCGCUAUCCCGUCUGCUCUCUUGGGUCACCUCAAGGCACAGGGGUUGUGGGUCCGGAGGGCUCCUGAGAACCACGUCAGGGGUGAAAUCUCCCCGACCAUGACCUCCACCGGCCAGGAUUCCACCACCGCAAGGCAGCGAAGGAGCAUACACAGCCCCCAGACGCCCCCCCAGGACGCCAGCAUCAUCUCGAAGCCAGGUGUUAAGAAGGGUACUGGACUCCGCCCCAGCCCCAGGCUGGCAGAGGUGAAGAAGAAAGGCAGAAUGAAGAAGCUCAGCCAAGCAUCAGAGCAAGACCUAAUCGAGGGGAUGCAAGGACUGGACCUAACCCUUGAGGCCAAGACACACUCUGGUACUGGCGUGGUGUUUGAUGAGCAGCUAAAUGACUUCCACUGCCUUUGGGAUGACAGCUUCCCUGAAUGCCCUGAGCGGCUCCAUGCCAUCAAGGAGCAGCUGAUCCAGGAGGGCCUCCUGGACCGCUGUGUGUCCUUUCAGGCCCGGUUUGCGGAAAAGGAAGAGCUGAUGUUGGUUCACAGCCUGGAAUAUAUAGAUCUGAUGGAGACAACCCAAUACAUGAAUGAGGGAGAACUGCGAGGCCUCGCUGACACCUACGACUCAGUUUAUCUGCAUCCGAACUCAUACACCUGUGCCUGCCUGGCCUCAGGCUCCGUCCUCAGGCUGGUGGAUGCGGUCCUGGGGGCUGAAAUCAGGAAUGGCAUGGCUAUUGUCAGGCCUCCCGGACACCAUGCCCAGCACAGUCUUAUGGAUGGAUACUGCAUGUUCAACCACGUGGCCGUGGCUGCUCGCUAUGCUCAGCAGAAGCAUGGCAUUCAGAGGGUCCUCAUUGUGGAUUGGGAUGUGCACCAUGGUCAAGGAACACAGUUUACCUUUGACCAGGACCCCAGUGUGCUCUAUUUUUCCAUCCACCGCUAUGAGCAGGGUCGCUUCUGGCCCCACCUGAAGGCCUCUAACUGGUCCACCACUGGUUUUGGCCACGGCCAGGGAUAUACCAUCAAUGUGCCUUGGAACCAGAUUGGGAUGCGAGAUGCCGACUACAUCGCUGCUUUCCUGCAAAUCCUGCUGCCGGUCGCCCUUGAGUUCCAGCCCCAGCUGGUUCUGGUGGCCGCUGGAUUUGAUGCCCUCCAAGGGGACCCCAAGGGUGAAAUGGCCGUCACUCCCGCUGGGUUUUCCCAGCUCACCCAUCUGCUCAUGGGUCUGGCAGGAGGCAGGCUGAUCCUGUCUCUGGAGGGUGGCUACAAUCUCCGCUCCCUGGCUGAGGGAGUCAGCGCCUCACUGCACACUCUUCUGGGUGACCCCUGCCCCAUGCUCGAGUACCCCGGGGCCCCCUGCCGGAGUGCCCAGGCAUCCCUGUCCUGCGCUCUGAAAGCCCUGGCGCCCUUCUGGGAGAUCCUUGUGAGAUCAGGUGACUCCGUGGACGAGGACAACGAAGAUGGAGACAACGAGGAGGAGGAAGAGGAGGGAACAUGGCCGCCUCCUGCGCUCCCAAUACCAAUGUGGCCAAUGUUUCAGACUCGCACCGGGCUGGUCUAUGACCAGCGGAUGAUGGAUCACUACAACAUGUGGGACAACCAACACCCCGAGGUGCCCCAGCGUGUCUCCCGGAUCAUGUGCCGUCUGGAGGAGCUGGGCAUUGCGGGGCGCUGUCUCAUGCUGCCCGCACGUCCUGCCACAGACGCCGAGCUGCUCACCUGCCAUAGUGCUGAGUACGUGGCUCGUCUACGGGCCACAGAGAAAAUGAGAACCCGGGAGCUGUACCGUGAGAGUGCCAGCUUUGACUCCAUCUACAUCUGCCCCAGCACCUUUGCCAGUGCCCAGUUGGCCACUGGUGCCACAUGCUGCCUUGUGGAGGCUGUGCUGGCAGGAGAGGUUUUGAAUGGCGUUGCCCUGGUGCGCCCUCCGGGUCACCAUGCAGAGCAGGAUGCUGCUUGCGGUUUCUGCUUUUUCAACUCUGUGGCUGUGGCCGCUCGCCAUGCCCAGGCCAUCAGUGGGCAUCCACUGCGGAUCCUGAUUGUAGACUGGGAUGUGCAUCACGGCAAUGGAACUCAGCACAUAUUUGAGGAGGACCCCAGUGUGCUCUACAUUUCCCUGCACCGCUAUGAUUAUGGCACCUUCUUUCCCAUGGGGGAUGAGGGCGCCCCCAACCAGGUGGGCCGGGCCGCAGGCACAGGCUUCACCGUCAACGUGGCCUGGAAUGGGCCUCGCAUGGGGGACUCUGAGUACCUGGCUGCCUGGCAUCGUCUGGUGCUGCCCAUUGCCUAUGAGUUUAACCCAGAAUUGGUGCUGGUCUCAGCUGGCUUUGAUGCAGCAUGGGGAGACCCGCUGGGGGGCUGCCAUCUGUCACCUGAGGGCUAUGCCCACCUCACUCACCUGCUGAUGGGCCUUGCCAGUGGCCGGAUCAUCCUAAUCCUAGAGGGUGGCUAUAACCUGGCCUCCAUCUCCGAGUCCAUGGCUUGCUGUACCCGCACCCUCCUUGGGGACCCGCCACCCGUGCUGACCCUGUCUCGGCCCCCACUGUUAGGGGCCCUGGAAUCAAUCACUGAUACCAUCCUAGUCCAUCGCAGAUACUGGCGCAGCUUGCGGACCACGAAGAUGGAAGACAAGGAAGAACCCUUCAGUUCUAAGCCGGUCACCAAGGAGGCACCCCAAGCAGCCAAUCCUGGGCCAGCUAAGAAGCUAGAAGAGAACAUUCUGGAUGAAAGCCUGGGGAAGGCCACAUCAGCAGCAUCUGCGCAAGAGUCCACUCCACCUGUUGUGGAGCUCACUCAGGACCAGCCCUCACAGGCAGCCUCGGGGGGAGCUAUGCUGGACCAUACCACCUCCGAGGCAGCCACACAGAACCAGACUACCUCAGAGGCCGCCGCGGGGGAAGCCGCGCUGGACCAGACCACCACAGAGGAGGCUGUGGGAGGAGCCAAGUUGAGCCAAACCCCUCAAGCCUCAAGCACUGACAACCAGACUCCUCCUACCUCACCUGUGCCAGGAGCCACCUCCCAGAUCUCCCUCAGUACGCUGAUCGGGAAUCUCAGGACCUUGGAGCUAGACGACAAGGCUCAGGAGGCCCCAGAGUCUGAGGCCCCAGAAGAGGAGGGGCUACCAGAGGCAGCUGGAGGUCGAGACAUAGAUGACUCCGUGCCAUUGCAGGCCUUUGGGAACAUUGACCAGGCCACGUUUUACGCUGUGACACCACUGGCCUGGUGUCCCCAUUUGGUGGCAGUACGCCCCCUUCCUGAGGCAGGCUUGGAUGUGACCCAACCUUGUCAGGACUGUGGAGCACCUCAGGAGAACUGGGUGUGUCUGUCUUGCUACGAGGUCUACUGCAGCCGUUACAUCAAUGCCCACAUGGUCCGGCACUACGAAAGCUCAGGCCACCCACUGGUCCUCAGCUACACUGACCUGUCUACCUGGUGUUACCCAUGUCAGGCCUAUGUUCACCACCAGACUCUCCUAGAGGUGAAGAACGUCGCCCACCAGAACAAGUUCGGGGAAGACAUGCCCCACUCACACUAACUCCCAACGUGCUCCUCUGCUCCGCCUUCCGAGGCCCAAGAUAGACCAGCGUUAGUUCGUUCCAACUUGUACCUUGGACGAGGGGCAGCUUCAUCCAUCCUUCCUGAAACCCCUUUCCAACCCCCCAAGGGUGCUGAUUGAAGUUUAAAUACCUGUUAAGAGGACUGUGAUGGUUAAUUGUAGCUCCCCCCUGCCCACCGACUGCUCUAGGGGCUCCCGUCUGUUCUGCCCCGGAGAGAACGGGAUAGCUUAGUUGCCUCAGAGGGGGCUGAUAUCAAGAAGAUGAUACUCUGGAGGGAGUGGGAAGCAAGGGGCAGGUAUAGUGGGGUUGCAUAUGUAAUAAAGUACAAGCUGUUACAAAA